AUGGAUGAUGGUAAAGCUGCUUCUCCUUCUUGUUCUUCUUCUGCUGAUGAUAACAUUGUGAGAGGAGAACAUUAUAAUAAAUGCAACCCUUAUACUAGCAGGUUUCCUCUACUGGUGCUGCAAUAUAAUACUACUGCUACUACUAUUACUUCUGCUGCUAGUGAUGCUGUCGUCGUGUUGUUGUUGUUGGAAAUGCUUGCUUUCUGGCUGACUGGAGUUGUAGUUGUUGGUGAUUCCAAAUUCUGCAAUGUAUCACAAAUGAACAAGAUUAAAUUUAAAAAUAGCAGUAGAUUGACAACUAUAGUUAAAAUCGUUCAAACUGCAAGAAUCAAAGAAUUGAAUUUGGCAUCAGUCGAUAAACGGCAAUGUAGAUCAACACACGAUGAUGAAAAUGAUGAUAAUGAUCUUUUCAAAUAA